UCUUAUGAACAAGGAGGGCUCCAAGCCCCCAUUAUAAACAAUCUGCUUGAUGCAAGAGCUUUGAUGGUCUGGCUUAAACUUCUUUCCGUAAAACCUGGCCUCCAGAAUGGAAACUCUACCUUUUUGCGUGGAAGAAAGCGAAUGGAAGAGUUUUCUCCCAUAAAAAUUGGCCUUGGAGUUUUGAAAACCUCUCUCUAG